CGCAUUUGAUCUGUUUCAAACAUGGCAGUUUUUGUUUUAUUUCUCGUUUCUGUUAGUCUAGGACAACAAUUAUUAAAGUAAAUGUAAUUUUAGAUAUCAGCAUGAAAGAAUUGUUAUAUAUCUGUAAUGCCAUAAGAAAAGUUACCAUCAAUGUCAAUCUAGGUACCGUAAAGUACUAUUAGAUAGUGAGUGAUAUAAAUGCGCUCGGCUAUUAGCGUUAUUUUGUCGAGUCCGGUACCCGACAACAAGAUGUCUCAUCCUGAUUACGAGCAGACUGCUCAUGAUCAUGCAGCAUUGCUUCUACUUUUGAGACCUAUUGGUACACAAAUCAAACAAAAGACUGUUACCAGGUUAUGUGAACGAAUAAUUAAGACAGGCAGCAGAUUCUCUGUGGCCGAUUCUACUGGUGGAACACGUGAAAUUCUUGCUAGAUUUGUUAGAGAACAUCCCGUUGAAAAUAAUGAUUGGGGAGAUUUUCAAACCCACAGGAGAUUAUUAGGAUUAAUUACAUUUGGCAAAUAUGACAAUCAAGUGGAGUUGAAUGAGUUGUGCAGAGUUCACGAGACUUUAAAAGUAAAGUAUAGCGCAACACUGUACGAUUCACGUUCUAUUCUUUUUGGGCCAGAAGAAUCAAAUACUGUUCACGAGCCACCAGCAUUAUUUAGCACACCCUCAAACUUUAAAACUAGAGCUGUGUUUUAUGCAGAUGAAACAUGCCUUGAUCUUGAGACUCAUGUAAUGGAAUGUCUCAAUUCCUUAUUCUGGAUUUUGGAAUCUAAAAGAUUAGAAAGAUCAAGAGAAAAAAUAGAUAGGGUCUCUCUUUUAUUAGCACCUUUUGAAAAGAAAGAUUUCAUAGGAUUGGACCUUGAGUCAAGAAAUAAUAAAAAGAGAUGUGUAGGUAGAAUGACAAAACAUUUGGGUGAUUUAUGUCUUCAAGCUGGUCUACCAGCAGAUGCUUUGAGCAAUUACAAUUCUGCAGCCAGUGUGUUACAAGCUGUAAAUGAUUGGCUGUGGCUAGGAGCAGCAUUUGAAGGUUUAUGCGCUGCAUCAGCUUUAGUGUUAUAUCCAAAUAUGUGUAGAAGUCUUCCAUUGCAAAGAAAUUCCUCUCUUCAAGAAGGAAGUCCAGGUAAGCAGAGAAGAGGUUCACAAGCUGUGGCAACUUUACCAUCACCACCAGCUAUAGAAGUGAUAAAGAGUAAUAUGCCACAUAUUUUACUACCUGAAGAAAUAUCAAAGAAAUAUCGUGAGGCAAUAGUACAUUAUAGCAAAUAUCAAUAUGCUGGAAUAAUUGAAACAGAAGCUAGUUUCAAAGCUACAAGAAUUUCAAUAGAGCAAAAUUGUACUUUGCAAGCUGCUUCAUAUUUAAGUAAUGUCAUACUUAUAAACUUGUCACUAAGUGAACAAGAAAAAAUAGAUCGGUUUACUACAUUAUCGGAUUUGUACACAAGUUUUGGUUUUAUAAGAAAAGCAUCCUUUUGCCUAAGAUUUGCUGCAGCAAGACAUGUAUCUCAAAAUAAUCCUAAUCCAGAUUGGCAACAAUGUUAUAAUUUAAUGUUACAAGCUACUUCUGGAUUUAAAUUGUCCUUAGAUCCUGUUGAGAUGUCUCCUGAAAACCACAGAGGUUGGCCAGUUAUUCAAAUUCAAGUGAUAAAUGAACUUGUUACUGCUGCUAAUCGCAUGGGUAAUCCAGCAUUGUCAACAAGGCACAUGACAUUUUUACUUCAAACAAUGUACAAUUAUUUAACUCCUAAUGAACGGAAAGAAACUGCUUUGCAACUUCAAAACGUGUCUCAACAAUGCGAAGGCGCUCCCGUACCUCUCGUUUUAGAUUCUGGAACAGUUAUACCGCCUGCUAAUUUAACGAAUAUUCCAAAGACCAAAUCAUUUAUUUUAAAAAAUAUGCAACCACAUCUUCAACCUCAAAAAAUUGAGAGAGCUAAAGAAGAUCAUGGUCCGUUUUUAUUUACGCCAAUUAAUUUUGGAUCAUUAGAGAGAAAGAAUAUAUCUAAGAGCAAAGUUGAUUAUUUAUGGGUAGAAGGCGAUAUUUGCGAGGUAUCAAUGCAACUUAUUAAUCCCUUACCGUUUGAACUUCAUGUGUCCAAUAUGAGACUUCUUACAAAUGGCGUAGUAUUCGAAUCAAUUCCUGAAAGCAUUACACUUCCUGCUGAAUCAGGACCGAUUGCGGUAACAUUAGCAGGCAGGCCUAAAGAAGUUGGAGAUUUAGAAAUUCUUGGCUUUAGUACACAUACAUUAGGAGUGAAAUCAAAUUGUAGAUUAAGAUAUAUGGAAGGAAUGAUUCACUCUCAAUAUACUGUCGAAGUAGUUCCAGCUUUACCGAGAAUAGAAGUAGCUACAAGUUUGCCUCAAACUGCAAGCUUUAGCUCUGGAGAUAAUAUAGUAACUAGUGCAAGUAUAUCACUAUAUGGUGGAGAAAGUGCUGAAUGUACUGUAACAAUUACAAAUAGUGGCCAAGUUCCUAUUGAAACAAUUGAACUAUCAAUACAGUCAACGUUAGACACAGUAUUGGAAAGUAAAAUAUUUAAAUGGAGUGAUGAAAAUUUAAUGGCACAAUUACCGUUACAAGCUGGUGCUAGUGCCAGCCUUACCUUGUAUUUGUAUGCAGCUACAGAUUUUAUAGCACCUACCUCUCGAAACGAUGUUAGCAGCAGUACAUAUCUCAGUCAACCGAGCAGUUUAAUGUCUCAUUCAGGACACAGUUCAUUACCCUCUAGAUUAAGUUCCCCGUCGCAUACAAAGAGACAAUCGGAAUUAACUUCCUCAUUCAGAUCAGGUUUAAGUUCUCAUUCUGGACGUUCUUCCUUGGCGAGUUCGCGUUUAUCUAAGCUUGCAGUUCCGUUACAUACAUCAAAUGUUGUCGAAGGGCAACUAAAAAUAAAGUAUUCGGGUGGCGCAGGUCUAACGGCAGGCUAUUGUCGCAUCUCGUCAGUUUUUGUUACAAUUGAAAUGUUACCUAGCGUGCAAAUUACAAAUUGGGAUGUGCUUCCAGCAGAAACACCGUCCCAAUUUUACCUCGUAUUAGAUUUAACAAAUAUGACUAAUCACGAAAUGGAAUUGCAUUACACACAAACUAAAUGUAUAUACAUGGAGGGUAAAGAACCUUGUAGAAUACCUGUGCCAGUUGAUCGAUGUCCACUUAAUAAAUUAUCAAUGUUAAACGGGGCAGGUGAUAUCGGAGAGCUUCAGAAAGUUUGCUCGGAACAUAUUGCUUCAUUAGUUGAUUUACGUUGGCAAUUAUUAGGUACAGAAUCGAUUGGUAAAGCAACUCUCUCUGGUAUUACCCUUACUCAAGAUAUGUUGGAUCUUGUUAGAAUGAGUCCUUUACAGUGGGAGAUAAAAAUAAAUGACGCAGUUGUAAAGGCUCAAGACGAACUUACAUGUAAUUUAGGUGAAUGCGUUAGUGUUGGAAUAGGGAUAUGCAAUGCUUUAGAACGUCCAUUGAGCGAUCUUAUGUUAUCUAUCAAUUUUUAUCAAGAUCAUCACAAUGGUGUAAAUAAUUAUCAAUUAGAAACGAGAUUAUCCAUCGCUGGUGCAAACAAAGUCAUGCUUCCAGCAUUGCAGGAGUAUGGAAGAGUUUAUCACGAAUGUCGUGUAGUAUUCUUUACAACUGGUCAAUAUAAAAUUGAUAUUCAAUGUAGUAGUAAAGAGUCAACUCCAAAUAUACCAGUUGUGUGUUCAGAGUUAAUAAACGCUGGACACACGUGGCGUUAUAUACCACCAAUAGAAAUAACUGUUGACGAUUAAAUGCGUGAUUUUGUAACAUUUAUUAAACAGGAAGAAAAAUGAAGUAUAUUUAUGCUUUGUUGUUAUUAUUGUACGCAAUAAAAUUUAGAAACUUUUACUUUUUUUAAUAAA